GUUGAACAUUUCCUAAUUCGAUCUAAAUCCUCUGAAGAAAAAAUCUAUGAAGAAGUUAGCGAGAAGAUGGCGGAGAACUCGUGGCGACGGCGAAGAUGAUGAUGAUGAUAAGCUCGUCCUUCCUACUUUUGACGACAUCGAUUCUCGGCCUAUCGAUACUCAAGAGCAAGAAGAGUACGUCAGGUCGCUCGAAGAAGCUCACGCUCAGCAAAGUCGUCAAUGGAAGAGCAUGUUCGCGGUUCUUCUGGUUUGCUACGGAGCUUUCCUCUUCUACUCCAGUUUUCAGCAGUUCAUGUCACCGUGGGAGCUGCGGUAUCAUGCCUACUUCAUGGAAGAUCUUAAUUCAUGGAUGGUCAUUUCAGCUGAGUGGAUUGCCAUCAUGGCUUGCUGCCUCUCAAUUGUCGGGCUACUAGACAAGAAGAAUGAUCAUGGACGGUGGUUCUGGUACUCUUGUGUUCCUGGAUCUGCAUUGGCCAUCUUUUGGCUUUAUUACUUGCUCAGGCUUCCGAAGUUCCGGUGGGAUGUUAUCUGGCUUCCUUUUGGCCCCCUUUGCGGAGCUGGAAUUUGUCUAUACGUGGAUCAUCUACUGGAGGAAUCAUCUGAAGAAGUGAAAAAACUAAGGAACUAUAUGUAUGCAUAUAAAGCAAGGUAGAGAUAAAAAAAAAGUCAUUCCAAUACACUUGAGAGUAAAUCUGUGAUGGCAACAGUGCAAGUUUUGACUAAAAACAGAAUGUUUCUGAAUAAUCUCUCAUUAUUGAUGCAAAGCUAUAUCUUCCAUGUCAAUCAUGAGAGAUUUGUCUAUAACUUUGUUUCUGUUAUCUCUGUUGUGAGUAAGAAACAUGGUUUUGUU